AUGUCGUCGUCUUCGCGAGGCGACUCCGUCCCGUCUUGGCUGACGGACGUCUACAAAGAUGACACAUCGGACGAGCAGUUCCAGGCGCUCCAGGAGAAGCUGGCGGAGGCGGAUGCGCAACUGCUGGCCGUCACUGCGCGAUGCGACGAGUGGAAGCGCAAGGCGCAGGAGAAGGCGCGCGAGGCGGUGCAGCUGAGCAACAAGGUGGAGGCGCUGGAGGAGCGACUGGCGGAGCUGGACGAGGAGGACGUGCCCGCGCUGGGGGGGGGGUGCUUGGGCUGCAAGGAGAAGCUGGCACGAUCAGAGGCCCUUCGCUUGCACACUCUCACACGGUUACCCUCUCCAUCCCUUCUUUCUUUCUCCGCCCCCAUUACCCACCGCUGCUGCUGGUGUUCUCAGAUGGAGGUGACUCGGUUGCGGGAGGAAUUGGCUCGGUCAGAGGCCCUUCGCUUCGACCUGCACAGGCAGUUCCAGGCGCCUGACAUGUCGCCCACGUCCUCCCGCCACCCCAGCGCAGUCACUCGCGGCCCGGACGGAUUCUCUCUGGAGCGCAUGGACGAAUCAGAGGCCGACAGCUGGAUGCGGGACCCACCGGGCACUGGUCCUGCCAGCAGCGACGGCGGGGACAGCGGAUUUGUGCAGACCCUUCUAGACAUGGGGGAAGCAUCGUCCUACGUGCAGCGCUCGCCUGCUCCAGAAGCAGCAUCUCAGCAGAUGAACCAAGCCGUUGGGGGGGGAAUGGAGAAGCUGGUGCAGCAAUUGCGAGAGUCGGAGAGAAGGAGGAAGGAGCUGGAGGGAGAGGUGGAGAGAGUGAGGGAGGAGGUGGGGAGGCUGGGGAGGGAGUUGGGGGAGGUGAAGGGGAGGGAGGAGGAGGCGAGGAGGGAGGCGGAGGGGAGGGAGGAGGGGUGGAGGGAGGAGAGGAGGGAGAUGGUGGAGAAGUUGCAGGCAGCUGAAGGCGCUCUGAGGGAGGCUCAUGCUGCAAGGCCGGAGCAGGAGGAGCGGGUGAGAGUGCUGGAGGUGAAGCUGAGAGCAGCAGAGGAGGACGGUCAUGUGCUCAAGAGUGCGAUGCAGGAGAUGAGUGCGGGCUCGCACGGGGAGCAGCAGACGCUCAGUGUCUUGCAGGGGCAGGUCAACGCCUUGCAGACCCAGUUAGUACGGGAGAGGGAGCGGGCAGCAGAGGAAGCAGAGGAGCUGACGCAGGAGAUGGCGGAGCUGCGCUUUCAGCUCAUGGAGCAGGUGGACGCCGAGAGGGGGCUCCGUGCUGAGACGGAAGCGGCUUCGUUGAGACGCGUGCAGGAGCUGGAGGCAAUGCUGCGCUUUCAGAUGUACGAGACUCCUCUCCACCGCUUUACACCCCUUUCUACCAUUCAAAUUACUACAAAUUUUCACACCUUUCCACCCGUUUCCACCUCUUUCUACCAGGCACUAGCAGCCAAUGAUGCGAAGCUCCAGGCAAUGGCUGCUAAGGCGGACGCAGAGAGAAAGAUAGAAGCCAAGGAAUUGGCUCUUAUGCAGAGAAUCGAAGCAGCUGAUAAGAGGGACAAGAAGGUCGGGGAGAUGGAGAGGGAGAUGGAGGAGAGGAGGAAGGAGGUGGAGGAGAAGGGGAGGGAGGCGGACGAGGAGAGGAGGAAGGCGGAGAAGGAAAGGGUUGAGAGUGAGGAGAGAGUGAGGGAAGCGGAGGGGAGGGUGAAGGAGGCGGAGGAGAGAGUGAGAGAGGCGGAGGGGAGAGUGAGGGAGGCCGAAGGGAGUGUGCGAGAAGCGGAAGGGCGUAGGGAGGAAGCAGAGAAGCAAGCCGCGAGGAUGGAAGAGCAAGUGAGGGAGUGGGAAGAGAGGGUGAAAGGGCUUGAAAAGGAGAAGAAGGAAGCAGAAAGUUCUCUGGAUGAUGCUGAGGAUAGAGCAGCGGAUAUAGAAGGGCAGUUCCUGGUUAUGCAGAGUAGAGUGAGGGAUUUGGAAGGGAAGUUGAGACAGCAGAGUGUUGAGUCUGAAGCUGUUUGCAAGGAGCUUAGGGAGGAGAUGAAGAGACGGGAAGAGGAAGGGGAGGGGGUGCGGAAGGGACGGGAUGAGGCGAGGAGGAGAGUGGGGGAGCUGGAGAGGGGUGUGGAGGAGGGGAGGAGGAAGGCGGAGGAGUGGGAGAGGAGAGUGAGGGAGAAGGAGGGGAGGAUUCAGGAGCUGGAGUCGGAGGUUAUGAGGGGUAGGAGGCGGUUGGAAGAGAUGGAGAUGGAAACUAAGGGAGCGAGGGAGGUGGGAGAGAGUGUGAAGAGGAGGUGGGAGGAGAGUGAGGUGGAAGUGCAGAGGAAGGAGAGAGAGAGGGAGGAGGAGGCGAGGAGAGUGAGGGAGUUGGAGGAGAGAGUGAGAGAGAGAGGGGAGAGAGUGAGGGAGUUGGAGGAGAGAGUGAGGGAGGGAGAGAAGAGAGUGAGUGAGCUGGAAGGGAAGUUGAGAGCAGAGGAAGAGAGAAUGAGGGAGAUGCAGAAAGAAGGGGGUGCAUGGAAGGAGAGAGAGAAGGAGAUGGAGGUUAAGGUAAGAGAAGCAGAGGAGAAGGCAGGAGCAGCAGAAGCGAAGGCGGUCAAAGCAGAGGAGAAGGUAGGAGAGAGUAAAAAGGCAAUGGAAGAAAUGGAAAAGGAAGUGAAGAUGGUUAGAGACCUAGAGGACGAAGCAAGGAAGUGGGUAGAGGAAGUAGAGGGAGAGUGUAAGAGACGAACAGAGGAGGUGGAGGAGGAGAUGAAGAGGAGAGUUGAAGAGCUUGAGAGGAAGCUGAAGGAGAGUGGGAGUGUGGCUGGGAGUGCAGAGGAGAAGAGCAAGAGAGUUGCUGAGCUAGAAAAGGAGAUUGAAGAGGCGGAGAAACUGGUUAAGGAUCUAGAGGAGGCGGUAGAUGAAGGGAAGUUGAAGGUUAAGGCAUUGGAAGGGCAGGUGGAGGAGAGGGAGAGGGUGAUCAAGGAGUUGGAACGAGGGGUGGAGGAUGGGAUGAGGAAGAUUGUUCGGCAGGUGGAGGAGAGGGAGAGGAUGAUGGAAGAAAUCAAGAAGAAGUUAGAGGAGAGGGAUAGGGUGAUUGGAGAUUUGGAGCGGGCAGUUGGGGAGAAGGAGAGGGAGUUGGAUCUGCAGAGGAACCAGAAGCUCCCUGAGUUGGUUGCUGAGUGGAAGGAGAGAGUGAGGGAGGCGGAGGAGAGGGUGGAGGGUGAGAAGAGCCGAGCCAAGGCUGCCGAGGCGGAGGGGAAGGCUCGGUGGGAGGAGGAACGGCGGUCGUGGAAGAGGAGGGUGGAGGAGGCCGAGACGCACUUGCUGGAGGCUCGGGAGGAGGUUCGGGUGGCGCAGCAGGAGGUUCGGGAGAAGGUUGGGGAGCUGGAGGAAGUUGCUAGGAAGCUGGCGGAGGAGGUUCGGCAGAAAGUGGAGAGGGAAAAGAAGGUUAUUGUUUUGGAAGGGAAGGUUGAUGAGAAAGAGAGAAAGAUGGGGGAGUUGGAAAAAGAGAUGGAGGAGAGGUGGAAGGAAAUGGAGGGAAAGUAUUUAAGCAAGGUUGAUGAGUUGCGAGCGCUGGAGGAGAAGCGGAAGGAGGUAGAGGGGGGGCUUAAAACGAGGAUAGGGAGUUUGGAGGAGGAGGUUGGGAAGAUGAGGAGGAGAGUGGAGGAGGAGGAGGGGAGGGUGGCCGAAUUGGAGGAGAGGAGGAGGUGGCUUGAGAGGAGAGAAGAGGAUUUGGGAGAGAGAGUGAGGGAGUUGGAAGGGGAGGUUGAGGAGGUGAAGAGAGGGAGGGAUGCUACGCAGAAGCAGAAGCAGGAGAUUGAGGAAAGGGAGAAGGAGAGUGAGAAGAGAGUGUGUGGGCUGAUUGAGAAACUAGAGGCGAAGGAAGGGGUGCUGGUCGGUUUGAGGGAGUCUGUAGAGGAGAAGAGGAGGGAGGUUGAAGAGAGGAGGAGGGAAGUGGAGGGAGUGAGGGAGGAGGUGAGGAGAGUGAGGGUGGAGCGGGAGGAGGAGGAGAAGGGGAGGGUGAAGGCAGAGGGGGAGCGAGAGGAAGUGAGGAGGAAGCUUCAGGGUGUGGAGAAGGAGCUUGAAGCAAUCAGGGCCAAGGUGCGUGAACUGGCAAUGGAAAAGGACCGGCUGGAGAGGGAGGGGGAGGACGUGCGGCGCAGCCUGCACGAUGCUGUGGCUGCCAGUGCGAAGCUGGCUGCUGCACUGGAUAAGACGGAGGGGAAGCUGGUGGCACUGGAAGAGAAGAGUGCGGAGGAGAAGAAGCAGAUGGAGGCAUCACACAAGGAGCAGGUGGAGAAGCUUCAACAGCAACUGCAGUCCACCCAGCAGUCGCUAGAGAGCAUGACUAGGCGUCACCAGGAGACAGCAGGCGAGCUGAGAGGAGCAUUGAAGGAGCUGGACCGGGUAGAAGGGCUGCUGGGGAGCACACAGGGGCAGCUGGAGGAGAGCCAGGGGCAGCUGAGAAAAGCUGAGGGGCAGCUGGAAGAGACGCGGGAACGGUUGGCGGAGACUGAGGGGAGGCUGGGGGAGCGGGAGGAGGAGUUGAGGAGGAGUGGAGAGCGGUUGGAGGAGGUUGAAGAGCAGCUGGCUAGCUCAAGGGACGAGCUGAAGUCCACCAAUGAGAGCUUGACAGCUGUCAGGGGGGAGAAGCAGCAGCUGGAGGCCAGGCUGGCAGAGACAGAGCGCCAGAGUGAGGAACUUGCGGGGAAGCUUCGUGCGCUGGAGGCUGACCUGGCGGAGCGGCGCGCUGAGCUUGCGCUGGCGAAUCAGGAGCUGUCGCUGCGCGCGGGGCAGAUUGCUGAGCUGACGUCACAGCUGAACCUGGCUACUGUUGCUCUGAAGGAAGCAAGGGACCGCAUUCGCAUGCUGGAGGUGGUGCUGACGGUGAAGGAGGAGGAGCUGAAGAAGCUGGAGGAGAUGCGCAGGGAGGCGGGCGAGCAGGCCAAGCGGAUGAUCGCUGCCAGGGACAACCAGAUCACUCAGCUAGCAGCGUCACUACGAGCAGAGACUGCCAACCUGGAGGAGACUUUGAGGAGGUAA